AGCCGCAGUCCUCAGCCCAGGCCAAGCCAAGCUCCUGCCUGCACCUGCUCUCCAUUCGCUCUCAUCAUGAGCAGCCGCCUGCAAUGCUCCUCUGUCAGCUAUGGAGGUGGUUUCGGGGGUGGCUCUUGCCAGCUGGGAGGAGGCCGUAGCGUCUCUGCCUGUUCCAGCCGAUUUGUCUCUGGGGGAUCAGCCGGGGGCUACGGGGGCGGCAUGAGCUGCGGCUUCGGUGGAGGGGCUGGUGGUGGUUUUGCUGGAGGCUUUGGAGGUGGCUUCGGUGGGAGUUUCGGCGGUGGCUUUGGUGACUUUGGUGGUGGUGAUGGCGGCCUCCUCUCUGGCAAUGAGAAGAUCACCAUGCAGAACCUCAACGACCGCCUGGCUUCCUACCUGGAGAAGGUGCGUGCCCUGGAGGAGGCCAACACCGACCUGGAGGUCAAGAUCCGUGACUGGCACCAGAAGCAGACCCCCGCCAGCCCGGAGCGUGACUACAGCCAAUACUACAAGACCAUCCAGGAGCUCCGGGACAAGAUCCUGGCGGCCACCAUCGAGAACAACCGGGUCAUCCUGGAGAUCGAUAAUUCUAGGCUGGCUGCGGAUGACUUCAGGCUCAAGUACGAGAACGAGCUGGCCCUGCGCCAGAGCGUGGAGGCCGACAUCAACGGCCUGCGCAGGGUGCUGGACGAGCUGACCCUGGGCAAGACUGACCUGGAGAUGCAGAUCGAGAGCCUGAACGAGGAGCUGGCCUACAUGAAGAAGAACCACGAGGAGGAGAUGAAGGAGCUCAACAGCCAGGUGGUAGGACAGGUCAACGUGGAGAUGGACGCCACCCCGGGCAUCGACCUGACCCGCGUGCUGGCGGAGAUGAGGGAGCAGUACGAGGCCAUGGCUGAGAAGAACCGCCGCGAUGCCGAGGAGUGGUUCAACCACCAGAGCGCGGAGCUGAACAAGGAGGUGUCGUCCAACACGGCCAUGAUUCAGACCAGCAAGACGGAGAUCACAGAGCUCAGGCGCACGCUCCAGGGCCUGGAGAUCGAGCUGCAGUCCCAGCUCAGCAUGAAAGCCGGGCUGGAGAGCUCAGUGGCAGACACGGAGUGCCGCUACGCCAUGCAGCUGGCGCAGAUCCAGGACCUGAUCGGCGGUAUGGAAGCCCAGCUGAGCGACAUGCGUGCCGACACCGAGCGGCAGAACCUGGAGUACCAGCAGCUCAUGGACAUCAAGACGCGGCUGGAGCAGGAGAUCGCCACCUACCGCAGCCUGCUUGAGGGCCAGGAUGCCAAGAUGACUGGCUUCCCCUCCACAGGAGCAACCAUCAGAACCAGCACCAGCACCGGCGCCAGUGGAAGUGCCAGUGGAAGUGCCAGUGGAAGCGCCAGCGCCAGCACCAGCGCCAGUGGAAGCGCCACCAGCCCUACUGCUACUCUCCCCGCUUCUGCUCGCCGCCCUUAGGAUGCCUGUCGUCGGUCUUAAAUCUGUGUGGAGUCCCCUCCCUGUGUCUUCGGUAUCCAGAGGAGGACAGGGCUGAAGUUCCCUGCGGGAGAGAGGGAGGGACCGCGGGAAGCUGGGUCACUCCGUUCCCUGGCCCCGGCCCCCCAUUCUCUAGGGUGGGGGCUCCUCACUCUUCUCUCUCAAUUGGCUUCCUUUUCUUCCUGACCUGGCUGCUCUGAUUUCUUAGCUUCUUCGCUAAAAAGAAAAGAUACGUCAAUAAAAUUUCCUGCCUUUUUGCAAACGUA